CAGCAGGUGCAGCAAGGAGCCGCACCCGUGACUCAGCCUCAGCAAUUUACUUAUUCUCAGCCCCAAAUUCCACCGGUGCAUCUACUGCCGACGCAGCCUUCUGGUCCGGGCGAGUACAUGCAGCACGUGACAAUUAUGCAGCCUCCAGGAGCAAUUCAGCAAGCUGCUGCGGGCUCCAUCCCGAGUACUGUGGCCUCCAGCCUGUCCGUGGGCCAGGUGACGGGGCAGAAUCCCUCGCCCGUGGGAGCCCCCGUGAUGGGGGUGUCGGCACAGGCCGGCGAAGCGGUGGGGCAGGGGUCGGCAGUGAUGCAGAGCGCCCCGGCGCAGCCCGGGGCAGUGGUGCAGCAAGGCAUCGCGCAUGCAGGCGUCGUGCAGCAGAAACCUGUGACUCAGCAUCAAAUAGGCGGCAGCAGUCAGGUGUCCGGGAUGCCCGGUGCUCCCCACGGCAUGGUGUCUGGGGUCCAGAGCGUGCCUGUAGCCGUGCCCGGUACUAGCCUCGGACAGUUCCAGACCCAGUCCUUAGUGGGCCAGAUCGACGAGACUAGAAGAAAGUCGGAACCCCUACCUCAGCCACCACUUGCUGUUAUAGCUGAAAAUAAGCCUCUUGUGAAGCCUCCCGUUGCAGACACUCUAACAAAUCCUCUUCAGUUACCUACGAGUACUCCCAUGAACAGUCUUGCCAGCUCUGUCUUUGGCAUAUCUAUUCCUGUUGAUGGUGAUGAAGACAGGAAUCCGUCAACCGCAUUCUACCAAGCGUUCCAUUUCAACAAGUUGCGUGAGUCAAAGACCUUCUGGGAUAGUGCGUCUGGUGCAAGUGUUGUUGCCAUUGACAACAAAAUAGAACAGGCAAUGGAUCUAGUCAAAAGCCAUUUGAUGUAUGCGGUAAGAGAAGAAGUGGAAGUCCUGAAGGAACAAAUAAAAGAAUUGGUUGAAAGAAACUCUUUACUUGAACGAGAAAAUGCACUGUUGAAAUCCCUGUCCAACAACGAGCAGCUGUCCCAGCUCUCGGCCCAACAGGCCAAUCCCAGUAGCACUUCCCAGGCCCCCGCCGCGACCGCGCAGCCUCCGCAGCAGCCGAAUGUCUCCUCCGCGUGA